GAGGGAGGCAGUGGGGUUUCUCUGACAGGGAAGAGGGCAGAGGGAGAGGUUUAUCUGUUUGUGUGGCAAGGGAAGUUAGAUGAAAGUGUGAGAGGGUUUGGAGGGGAGCAGACAUCUGAGUUCUGAGGGCAACUUGUCCUGCUGAGGCAUCUUCACCAAACAGUGCUUCAAUGCUGCUCCUGCUGCUCCUGCUCUUCAAGGGACUUCCCUGCCAUGGAGCAAGCACAGUGUGUAAGAAGGGCCCAGAUGGAAAGAUACUGAGGUUGGGCACAGCAGGGUGGAGAAGUUCUGGGGAGGACCUGGGGGAAGAGAAAAAUGCUCCUCCAGGAUGCCCUUGGAGUCUGCAUGCCAGGCUACUCUCAGGCAAAGUGUCCUUGCCUCCAGUCUCAGUUUCUGUCUCUAAAUUUGAGGAGAGGAAGCUGGUCCGGGGGAAGGGGAUAUGGGUAUGCGUAUAACCUGUGUAACCAUCUCCAUCCUUCCCCUUCUAUGCGAGCUUCUCUUCUCUCAUCCUUUCACAAUCUCUCCGCUGCUCAUUCCUCUCUCUCAGCUCCCCUGCUCCUAGGAUUCCAUCAUCCAGCAGCAGAAGAGCCCCUCUCCUACCACUUCAUCCAGAUCUCCUCCUUUGCCAACCACAGCUGGGCAUACACCCAGGCCUCAGGCUGGCUGGGCGAGAUGGAGACUGAGGCCUGGGACAGUGUCUCGGGCACCAUCCGCUUUCUGAAGCCCUGGUCCCAGGGUAACUUCAGCAAGGAAGAAUUGAAGAACCUUGAGGCGCUACUGGAGUUGUACUUGCACAGUUUCACUACGGAAGUGCAGGUCUUCGCCAGUCAGUUUCAGUUUGAAUAUCCCUUUGAGCUCCAGGUAUUAUUUGGCUGUCAAAUGCGUGCAGGGAAACCCUCAGAAAGCUUCUUAAAUGGGGCAUAUCAAGGAUCAGAUUUCCUGAGUUUCCAAGGAAAUUCCUGGAAGCCAUCCCCAGGAGCAGGGAGUCGGGCUCAGAAUGUCUGUAGGGUGCUCAAUCACUACCGGGUUAUUAAAGAAAUCGUUCAGAGACUUCUCAGUGACACCUGCCCUAGACUUCUGGCAAGCCGCCUUGAUGCAGGGAAGUCAGAGCUGGAACAACAAGUGAAACCAGAGGCUUGGGUGUCCAAAGGCCCCAGUCCUGGGCCUGGCCAUCUGAUGCUGGUGUGCCAUGUCUCUGGCUUUCAUCCAAAACCCGUGUGGGUGAUGUGGAUGCGGGGUGAGCAGGAGCAACCAGGCACUCAGCGAGGUGAUGUGCUGCCCAAUGCUGAUGGGACAUGGUAUCUCCGAGUAACCCUGGAUGUGACGUCUGGGGAGGCGGCCGGCCUGACUUGUCGAGUGAAGCACAGCAGUCUAGGAGGCCAUGAUAUAAUCAUCCACUGGGACGGAAACUCCAUCUUGCUGAUAUUGAUCUGUUUGACUGUAAUAGUUAUCUUGGUCAUGUUGGUUGUAGUUGACUUACGGUUUAAAAAGCAGAGCUCAAAUCAGAACAUCCUUUAUCCUCAUGUACCCAACCCUGCCUUUUCCACAAGAACUAACACUCGAGACCCCAGGAGUUCAGGACAUCCGCUCUGCUUGGCACAAGACUUGUGGAUCAAAAGCAAAUUCUUGAAGAAUUGGAAAACAAGCCUAAAGCGGCUCUGGUGACAUUAGUUUUACUUUACACAUAAAAUCCUCUUCUGCUUCUUCUUAAACAUGAGUUAUACCUACAAAAAAAAA